AUGGGGAAAGAUUUCAAAAGUAUGGUCACAAGAUGCAUCCACGUUGGAAAAGACAACGAUAACGCCAAGAAGCUGAAAACCAUAACUGAAGAGCUCAGAGAUCUACACAACAAUGUCUUGAAACGAGUCAAAAUGUACGAAGAUCAACAGAAGCUAAAGCCUCUCGAGAAAGUCCAGGUCUGGCUUAGACAAUCAGACGCAGCCAUCAGAGAAGCAGAAGACAUGUUAAUGAUGUUGAUGUCUUCUUCUUCUUCAAAUGGAUCAAGCGUGAUGUUGAUUAGUAGUCACAAGACAGACAAGAAAAUCUGCAAGAUGGUGAAAGAGGUUCAGGAGAUAAAGAGCAGAGGAACAUUUGAUGUUGUGGUUGAAAACAGCGGUGGUGGGUCGAUGAUGAUCUCGACCGUUGAUAGAGAUGAUCAGACGGUUGGAUUAGAAGCUGUUUCAGGGUUGGUGUGGAGGUGUUUGACGGUGGAUAACACUGGGGUUAUUGGGUUGUACGGUGUUGAAGGUGUUGGGAAGACGACGGUGUUGACUCAGGUUAACAACAGGUUGCUUCAGCACAAGUCGAAUGGGUUUGACUUUGUGAUUUGGGUGUUUGUGUCCAAGAAUCUGAAUCUUGAGAAGAUUCAAGACACGAUCCGAGAGAAGAUAGGGUUUCUUGAUAGGUCGUGGACGAGUAAGACAGAGGAAGAGAAAGCUGGCCGAGCAAUGGCCUCUAAGAAAACACCUCAGGAAUGGCGUGACGCUUUUUCUCAAGUUACUGGACAGGAACUAGUUAAUGUGUACUCAAGGAAUAAUCGUGUUGUUCAUGGAGAGCAAAAAGAUAGCUGGGUUUGGUCCUCCUGA